AUGCCGGCAGCCGCCGCGCCCGCGCCCGCGCCGCCGGCGCCGAGCCUGGACGCGCGCACCGGUGGCCGCGUCCUGCGGCGAGCGAUGGGGCACCUCCUUCACCCGGCCUCGCUCCCCCCGCUCCUCCUCGCCGCGCUCCUGCUACUCCUCUUCCGGUCGGCCCUCUUCGCCGGCACGCUGCGCCUCUCCUCCUUUGCCGACCGCGAUCCCGCCCUCCGUUCGCUUCUCCUCCGCCUCUCCCCUCCCGCCCCGCCCUCCCCGCCGCCUCCCCAGCACAACCUCCCCCGCCGGCGCUCCCCCUUCACCUCCUCAUCCUCCCUCUCCGACGACGACUUUCUCGUUGGAGCCCUCGACCCGGCCUCCUCGCCCGCCUCCAGCGCCCGCAACUCCUCCUACCACAGCGUCUUCUUCACCUCCUUCUCCACCCCCACCCCCAAACCCUACCACAUACCCCUCGCCCAGCAGCUCCCCGCAUCCGGUUCCCCCUUCUUCCUCGCCGUCCACAACGAGACCUCCUCCAGGAAGCCUGCCUCGCCCCGGGGUGGUGAGCUCAGGCUGCUCGACCUGACAAGGCGGGACGCUGCGGCCAUCAUCAACCUCCUCGCGCUGCUCUCGGCCGCACAUGUGCUGGCCAUCCUCGGGUACAUCACCGUGCACUCAAUUGCUCUCGGUACGGUGUUCGCGUCCGUAGCAGGGCACCACCUGCCUGAGCGGCGGCGGGGGUUCUUCCUCUCCGGUGUCGCCAUGGGCACCAGGCGGCUCACUGGGUUCGCAUUCCUGCGGUGGGCGACUCGGGAUGCGGUUGUGCAGAUGCUCUGCCUCUGGUUCUUUGCUGAUGUGCACGACCAGGCGCAGCUCUUUAGGCUCUUUGUUGUCGCCAAGCUCAUGCCUUUCUCGGCGUCUGCCAACCCGUGGCUUGCUGCAGCCGUUUCUGGCCCAGAGCUCGAUGGCUUCUUCAUUGCGUGGGCUCUUCUGGAUGCAGUUGUCUCCGUGUUGUUCACGGUGGUGCCAUGGGUGGUCGCCAUGGAUCGUGAUCCGCGCCCGCCUGGCCGCAAUGCUGUCAAGGAAGGCUGCUACCUUGUUUCGCUUAUGGCAACCGAUGCCACAUUGAUCAAGUGCUGGGAGACAGUGGUGUGUGGCAGUAUGGGGCGCCUCAUUAUGGUGACAUUUGGUGGCAAAGUUCUUGGCGGCUUCCUCCACUCGUUUGCGGAGGUGUACUUCAUGGUGGUGUGGCUCAUGUUCUACUUCACGGCAAGGUGCAAGGAGUCCCGAUUGGGUGGUCGUCAGUUUGGACUGGAGGAUGUGGCAGCUGCUCUCAAUUGAUUCUUGCAAUGACGAGCUGACAUGGCCACAUCACUGUUUGACAUGGAGACAAACCUGCUCUGCUUGUCAACGCAUGAAGAAAGGUAUAUUUCAUGCCUCAUAGUGUUCAUUCAUGGCACAUGACUCAUCUUGGGCUCUUGGCAGGGUGUAGGUUUUUGUAGUUCUCACGGUCUUCCUAUUUGUGCUUGGAUGAUAUAUGAUUCACACUAGGGAUAGAGAACGUGAAAAUGCAUGUAUGUACAGUUUUUGCCCUCUGUGUGCAAUCAUGUAUAGUCACACCAUUUGGCAUACUAGAAGGGUUGUUUGGCUCCCUUUCCAUGGGAUGUAAGAUGGAUAGUGUUGUAGCUUCAAGAUGACGAGUGAACUACAGUCCUGUGGUGGGCUAGCACAGCAGAACUUCCAUUGCGGAGCUGAAACUUGUGAUGUUGUAGGUUCGCACAUUAGUUAUUAUCUGUUGAUAUCCGUCAUUUUAGACCUGUUUCGAUUGACAGGUUACUUUGCUUU